AUGGCCAGAAGGGGUAACACAGUUGUGAGGACCCUGGAGGAUUUAACCCUUGAUUCAGGUUAUGGUGGAGCUGCGGACUCCUUCAGGUCGUCCAGCUUGUCCUUGUGCUGCUCAGACACGCACCUACCUUAUGCACAUGGAGGAAACUGUUGGCAUCUAACCGACUCCAUGCACAGUCGCCACAACAGCUUAGAUACUGUCAACACCGUCCUGGCUGAAGACACCGAGAUCCUGGAGUGCUCCGGCCAGUGUGCUAAGUUGCCCGAACUGGAGGAUGUACCCUGGAGCAUCGUGGAGGUGGAAAAUGCCCUGAAGAAGGAGGAAGAGGUGAACGCGGGGCAGCUGUCGAAGGAGAUUCUGGCGAAGCUGUCCUCCUUGGUGAGCAGGGCACUUGUGAGGAUCGCCAAGGAAGCCCAGCGGCUCAGCUUGCGCUACGCCAAAUGCACCAAGUACGAAAUCCAAAGCGCCAUCAAGGUAGUGCUGUCCUGGACCCUGUCGGUCAACUGCAUCACGGCGGCGCUCAGCGCCCUGUCGCUCUACAACAUGAGCACGGGCGACAAGUUCAGCCGGGGCAAGUCGGCCCGAUGCGGGCUGAUCUUCUCGGUCGGGAAGUUUUUCAGGUGGAUGGUGGACAGCCGGGUGGCCGUGAGGAUCCACGAGCAUGCGGCCAUCUACCUGGCCGCCUGCACGGAGAGCCUGUUCCGAGAGGUUUACACCCGAGUGGCGCACAGCGCACACGUCGAGAAGGAGAACGGGGUCCCGAAGUUGACUGUGGACUCCCUGGAGCAAGCUGUCAACAACGACUCGGAGAUCUGGGGGCUCCUGCAGCCGUAUCAGCACCUGAUCUGUGGCAAGAACGCCAGCGGGGUUCUCUCCCUGCCGGACAGCCUGAAUCUGCACAGGGAUCAGCAGAGGUCCAGCAAGUCUGGGGAUGUCCACAUGUACAGCCAGUCGGAGCUGAGGACCAUUGAGCAGUCACUGCUAGCCACACGCGUGGGGAGCAUCGCUGAGCUCAGUGACCUGGUGUCACGGGCCAUGCACCAUCUUCAGCCUCUUCACAUAAAGAACCACAGCAAUGGAACCCCUUUGCACCAGAAGCAGACCCCCGUGCACUGGGAACCCGAAGCCCUGUACACGCUCUGCUACUUCAUGCACUGCCCCCAGAUGGAGUGGGAGAACCCUAACGUUGAGCCUUCCAAAGUGACCCUGCAGACCGAGAGGCCGUUUCUGGUACUGCCGCCGCUGAUGGAGUGGAUCCGAGUGGCCGUGGCCCACGCGGAGCACCGGCGCAGCUUCUCGGUGGACAGCGAUGACGUGCGUCAGGCGGCACGGCUUCUGCUCCCCGGCGUGGACUGCGAGCCCCGGCAGCUCAAGACGGAUGACUGUUUUUGUGCCUCUCGGAAGCUGGACGCUGCUGCCACAGAAGCCAAAUUCCUGCAGGACCUAGGCUUUCGGAUGCUGAACUGCGGGCGGACAGACCUGGUCAAGCAAGCCGUGUCUCUGCUGGGCCCAGAGGGCAUCAACAGCAUGAGUGAGCAGGGAAUGACUCCUCUCAUGUACGCUUGUGUCCGCGGAGAUGAGGCCAUGGUCCAGAUGCUGCUGGAUGCUGGAGCUGACAUUAACACUGAGGUGCCAAACACAGUGCACAGGUGCCCCUCAGUUUACCCUGAAACUCGCCAUGGGACACCCCUCACUUUUGCUGUGUUACAUGGACACAUCCCUGUUGUUCAGCUGUUGCUGGAUGCUGGGGCGAAUGUUGAAGGCUCUUUGCAGGAUGGGGCUGAAAAUUAUGCAGAAACUCCACUGCAACUGGCAUCUGCUGCAGGUAACUUUGAGCUUGUCAGUCUGCUGCUGGAGAGAGGAGCAGAUCCCAUGAUAGGGACGAUGUAUCGGAAUGGGAUUUCUUCGGCUCCGCAGGGGGACAUGAACUCAUAUAGCCAGGCAGCUGCUCAUGGCCACAGGAAUGUGUUUCGGAAGCUGCUCUCCCAGACAGAGAAAGGGAAGAGCGAUGUACUGUCCCUGGAGGAGAUCCUGGCAGAAGGGUCCGAGCUUGGAGAAGGGAAUCCAGCCCACCUGGAUUCUGGCCGCAACAGUAAGGCCAAGCUGAAGGCCCUGCGAGAGGCCAUGUACCACAGCGCAGAGCACGGCCACGUGGAUAUUACUAUUGACAUUCGCAGUCUGGGUGUGCCCUGGACUCUGCACACCUGGCUGGAGUCCCUCCGCACCUGCUUCCACCAGCACCGCCGCCCCCUCAUCCAGGGCCUGCUGAAGGAGUUCAGCUGCAUCGAGGAAGAGGAGUACACCGAGGAGCUCAUUACCCAUGGCCUGCCUUUGAUGUUUGAGAUCUUACGAGCCAGCAAGAACGAAGUGAUAAGCCAGCAGUUGUCAGUUAUUUUCACUCAGUGCUAUGGACCUUAUCCCAUUCCGAAGCUCACGGAGAUUAAAAAGAAACAGACAUCACGAUUAGAUCCUCAUUUUCUGAACAAUAAAGAAAUGUCCGAUGUGACAUUCCUGGUUGAAGGGAAGCCAUUCUAUGCGCACAAAGUCCUGCUGUUCACGGCAUCUGCCAGGUUUAAAUCUUUGCUUUCAAACAGACCUACUGCAGAGAACACUUGCAUUGAAAUCAGCCAUGUAAAGUACAAUAUAUUUCAGCUGGUGAUGCAGUACCUGUACUGUGGAGGGACAGACUCGCUUCACAUCAGGAACACUGAGGUCAUGGAGCUCCUGUCUGCUGCUAAAUUCUUCCAGCUGAGUGCUCUCCAGCGUCACUGUGAGAUUAUUUGCUCGAAAAACAUCAACACAGACACCUGUGUUGACAUCUACAAACACACCAAGUUCCUGGGGGCCCCGGAGCUCUCGGCCUACAUCGAGGGUUACUUCCUGAAAAACAUGGUGGUCCUGAUCGAGAACGAAGCCUUCAAGCAGCUGCUGUACGACAAGCCUGCGGACAGUUCUAGCUCUGACGUGCUGCAUGACCUGGAGAAGACCCUGGGGGUCCGGAUCCAUUCCAUCCACCUCUCCUCUUCCAAGGGCUCCGUCGUGUGAAACAGUCAAACCUACCAGAGCGCCUGCAGUCUGUAUUACACACAGUCCUUGUCUGGCUUGCUUGGAAUGCCUUGGAUAUCCCCGUAGCCUGCAGUAGACGUGUAAAUCACUCGUUCAUUCCCAGCUCUUCAACGGAACAGGACGUGUCUUGCUCUGUUUCCCGAGAGCAGGCCAUGGUUUAUGAAUACUGUUGCUGGACUUUGAAACUCUGUGUCCUCAUGAGUCAAUGUUUUUUUUUUUAAUCUUUCAUCUUCAUUUUCCAUUACAUCAUACCAUUUUGGAUAAAGCCAAAUAAUAUGCAUUACUGGUAUUGAUUGAUGUUAAUCAAGUGUUUUAAAGCAAUGACAUAAAUGUACAUACUUUACUAACCAGGAAAGAAGAGCUUUGAAUCAAAUAAGAUUGGAUGGAUGGACUUAUAAUUUCUCUAACCAUGCAGGGAGCAUUCAAUGGAUUAAUGGACUUUUUAUAUGUUUGCCAUUUAUACACUUGUAGUUCUGCUGACUAUCCUGAAGGUGUCAGCAACUUAAUGCAAAGAGCAUUCCCUGUGAAUCAUACUGCAGCCACUGAAAUCAUUUGUACUAAGAAUUCUGAACCAUUUAGUUUUUCAUUAUGGACAGCUGAAUUCAGCAGAACACUGCAUUGGCUGUUGCUUCAUUUAUGUCAUCUUACAAUUACAGAAGAUGAUGCCCUUGUUCCAAAGCAUAGUGAGCUGCUUAUAGUGUACUCUAGCAAGUUGCUUACAAUAAGACAGAUGUAGCACUAGCUUAAACCCAUGUGUGCUGUGUGCUAUUUUCAUAACUCAUCUGUGCUACAGAAAGUAUUUUUUUAAAUUCCGGUUGUAUCUUGGUUGUAAAGUGGGAAAACAGUAAAAACAUCUCCCUUAAAUACACUAACCCUUAAGCUGACCAGAGCACAGUUUCUUGGAAUCUGACAUUUGUGUCUCAAGCUGAAUGCCUCUUUACACGGGAGGUGCUAACAAGAGGUUUUGCCAAACCCUAGUCAGAUGCAAUCUUAAAAGGUAGGGAAUGCUGUUAAACAGAAGCUGCAGACAUACCAGCUUGAAUCCCAAUGAGUUGUUAGCUGUGCUCUGGUAUCUCUUACUGCACAGUGAAAGUUAGAUACAUUGUUUGGAAAGCUCAUUUUUCCUAAUAAUGUCCACAGUCCCUGAGGAGCUUUUUCGUUGACUUGUCAUCGUGCUGCCUAGAAUUGAAGCUGUUUUAUUUCCAGCAUCUAAUGCCACCUAAUGCUAAUAAUGGUGCCUAAUGCUGUACCAGGCACUCCUCAAUAUGGCCCUAACUAGAUACCAGUUAUUAGUGGCUGCUCACAGUUCCAAUGAAUAACAAUCCUCCCCCCACUCACUCCAAGCUAGAAUUCUUUUCAAAUGCAUUGGCAAGCCAGAAUGAUUUUUGUACAGAUACAUGCAAACGUACAGAUGUAACUGAGGCUGAUCGAAGAAGACACAAGUUAAUAAAAAAAAGUACGGAGUGCAUUUUACCACAACUAGGACGAAUGUUAUUUGUUAUCUGGUAUAGUCAGCUUCUAUUAUCUUUCUACUGCACAGUCUUGCCAAACUUUGUGACCGGUUCAACUACAAAUCAUGCCUGGACAUACUGAGGUAUAUGUGUGAUGUAUUCCAAUAGGAUCUGUCAUGUUGCGUAUUAUAGAUUAAAUGGAAAAUACGUCAUAUUCAUUGCUUUCAUAUAUAUCAGAAUACCAGAAUUAUGCAAAUACCUCAGACCGUGGAAUACCUGUUAUAUGUAACUUGGGAGAUUAAAACGUUUGCUUGUUUCCUGUUUUUGUCCAUUAUAUUGGUUGUCACAGAACAGAGGAUCAUAGUUAGUAAUUUAUGUGACUUCUGCUGAUCUGAAAGCUCGGUCUUUUGGUUUGAUCAUGGACUCGUUUCCAUCUGUAGACACCAGGCAGGUUUUCUGUAACAAACCACUAUCCACUAUAUAGUCAGAAAAAUAAACAAAUAACUCCAAAACACCCACAGGCAAAUAACUACAAUAUGAAGAAUCCUCAGAAAUAUGAGAUGCCAUCUGAUGGAAUGAAAGUGUAAAUAUUUUAUGUAAAUCAGAAAUUGAAGGUUAAUGAUUACUCUUCCUGUAAACUACUGUAUAUAUCACAUUAUUGCGUCUGUAUUGUAUUGCUUUCAUUGGAUAUAGCUGUACAGAUGUUAUUGUUCUAAGUGUACGACUGCUAUGAAACCAAGAUGCAUGUUACAGGUAUGUCUGUUUAUGUUUUGUUUCUUUUUUGUUUAUGUUUUUUACAUGUGUUUAAUGCAGCCAUAUGAAUGCUAAAUCAUAGGAGAAAUGCUUUCUGUUGACUGAAUAUUGCUGGUAAUAGGUCUGAAACAUUAUGUAGUAUUAAAUUGGGUUAAAGGGACCGAACAACACAGCUGAGAAAACUAGUUUUACUAAAUAUUGCUGGCUGUAAAAUGGCCCACUGAGUGAAUAAUGUCUACGGUCUAGACUGCAAUUGAAACUGGAUUUAAGGCACUUUAUACAAUCAAACAUUACAGUACAUUUUAUUUAAGCCAUUUUUGUGAAGCGGUCUUCUUAUUUCCAAAAGAAUAUUCACAGGUACUGUUGCAGUUAUGCACAGUUUUUAAGUACAGAAUAUUUAGAACAGAUCUUCAACACUGAAACAAUAUUUGCUUAUUUUCCUACCCAGAAUGUGUCUUGUAUCAGGUCCCCUUAAUAUACUUUGUUGUGCUUUGUUGUGCUUUGCUGGUGAGUCUAUAGGUCAUUCUGAGGUUGUGAGUUAUUCAUUUUGGUGCCGUUCUGAAACUCGUUUUUUUUUAUUUUGGAACUACAAUGUGUACAGAGUCAAUGGAAGUCCGAGAGAGUUAUUUUCCCUUUACUAUAUUGAGGCUAUUUUUUUAAAGUGAUGCAUCUUUAUGCUUUUAUAAAAAAAUAUGGACCGUCUAUAUGUCUUGGUACAGUAUGUGCUUUUCACCUAUAGCAAAGUAAAAAACAGGAGUUUACAAUGCCUACCAAAUGCCUACUAAAGUACAUUUUCAUUUUAAUGUGUACUGUAGUAUUUGAAUUGGAAAUUGAUUGUUUUUAGUCAUGUUCCAGAUUACCAAAACAAUUAUUUUGCAAAGGGAAAGCCUGUUUUCUGAAACAGAUUUAAUCUAAGGACAGAGACUAUCAGUUCUUUUUUUAAAACGAAAAUAAAAUCAAUAAGAGGAGGGUGUCAACUGACAUACUGUAUUAUGUCUGCCGUUUUUUUAAGUGUUUGGUUUUUAAGUGACAUUGAUCUGUUAAUUGUGUUGAUUCUUCUAUGAUUAAUAUUCCCAGGUAUGAAUAUAAAAUAUACGAAUAUAAAUUAAUAUAUUAUUUUUUGUUUCAUAACAGUCAAGCCCAAGGCACUUCCAUAUGUUUUUUAAACUACUAUACUUAAUCUCAGUGCUACUAUUCAUACUGCCUAUUUAAGUACAGCAAAAACAUGCAUCUUGGCUGAUUUACAGGCAGCAAUAAUAUAAAAUUGUUUUAAAAAAAUCAGAAGUAUGUGUCUUACUGUAAGUCUAAAUCCUAACGAUAAUAAGGUCUUUUUCUGGAGCUCGUCUCUGCAUUCAGCCCUGACAUAUCAGAGUGAUUGCUUUCCUGUUUUGAUCUGGUUUAUUGUAUCCACUUAAAAAACAGAGAGCAUGGUCUUUUGAGGCUUCACUGUGCUGUGCAUUUUAAUGAGAAAAAUUUAAAAAGUAGACUUAGGAAAAUAUAUUUUUUUAUUUUGUGAUCUAAGGCAGUUGCCAGGUGUACAACUAAUGUUUUCUCUGUGUCCUUGCACUGCACUGUCCCUUUGUCCAGUGGCCAGACACAGGCGGCUCUGUGGUGUUAAAGCUGAAUUAGAUUGGGAUCAGGAUCAACGAACAGCUGCUGAUAUUGUUGUAUUUAAUGCUGAGAAUUGAGAAUCGUCAUAUCAACAUGAACCUACUAUCCUGUGGUGAUAUUUUUCCAGUGGAAGAAAUCCUACAGGAUCUUCCCACAGAAUUCCUGACUCAGUUCUACAUGUUCCUUGCUGGAGGAAUGUGGGACCCUGCUGGUUGUUUGUGGGGUCCCUCUGUGUGCAAGGCACCAGAAGACAAAGGAAUUAAGAAAUGUAUAUAUUUUCCGCAUGCCUUCCCCUGCGCCAGCUGUAAUAAUAAUAAUAAUAAUUGCUUACACUUAUAUAGCGCUUUUCUGGACACUCUACUCAAAGCGCUUUACAGGUAAUGGGGACUCCCCUCCACCACCACCAAUGUGCAGCAUCCUCCUGGAUGAUCCAGCUGUACUAUUUGUUCAUCUUUCUCAAAGGUUUCUGCAGAUUGCACAGUUUUUAAAAAAAUAUAGGUGAGAACAAAUAGGUACAAAUAGGUAUAGUUGAGUUAUGCACAGCUCUGUCACUUUCUAUUUUUUUUGUACAGGCAACAGAUCGCAAGUCUACAGAGCUUUUCAGUAGCCACAUCCUUGCCAUUUCGUUUUAACCCCAUUUAUGUUGGGGUUUUUUUUGUCUGGAUUAUAUAACAACAGAAACGUGUCCCAUUGGCAAUAAAAUGUUGACUAUAAGUGAAAUGUUGAUUAACGUUGAUGAUUUAUAUCAGUACUUACACCCUCCAUGCAAAUAGGUAAAACCGUCAUUUAUCAAUCAUUCUUUUCUUCUAAGUGUUCUACCAUUUCUAUGUCAAAUAUGUCAAAACUUCUAUGUCAUAUUUUUAAGAGAUGUAUUAUUUGAAGAGGUAAUUAAGGUGAUGAUCUUAAGCCUUCCUCUGUGAUAUCUGUCAGUUUGCUGGACUGGACAUUGCAGGAGCUGGACUAAGUUGACUAAACAUAGAAUUGUAAGCAUGAAGCUUAUAUAUUAGUAGAUUUAAUUAGGCAUGUUAUGCCUGUUUAACCUGAAAUAAAUGAGUUCACUUGCC